AUGAACGCAGUCCUUGCUGUCGUGUGCGUAGUUGCCGUCAACGUACUUAUAUCUACGGAGGCUGAUGGCACUGCCCAGAAUCGGCCCGCAGUUUGCACUCGACCCCCCCAGAAGCCCUCCAGAGUGAUUAACUAUGGCUAUGAAGUAUACUAUUUUGACACAAAUGAACAAAUAUGCAAAUGUUUCUGGAGCCUAACGGGCAGUAAAGCUUUAGGAGGAAAUGCAUUUCACAGUCAUAAGGCUUGUAAGAAUCUAUGCGGAGGUGCUUCCUUCAGGGUUUGCCCAAGACGUAAUGGAGGAAAAAAAUAA